AUGUCUGAAGCAAAGCGCAAAUCGGAUGGAAGAGACAAGGAAAGACGGAGAUACCGUGCAGAUGGUACGCCCAUCAGGGGACAGGGACAUAUGGACGGGCCUGGCAUAUGGGCUACGUGCGUCAAGGGCAAGGAGAAGCAGACUGUCGGAGAGUUAUAUGAUCUAUUUGAGAAUCUUGCUUCUGAGCUUUGGCCAGCCGACUCGACAGGUUCCCAGAAUCAAGCAGAAGGCUCUCGUAGUGAGGAGGAAGAUGAUGGGGACAUCGAGAAAGCGAUUGCAAAGGAGGUUGCUUCGAUGAAACGACCAAGGAAAGAGCAAAGGUUCGCCAACUGCCAGACUAACACACCGUGUGUCAUCUUCAUCUCCUGCAAGCCUCCUGUCGAUCCCGUUCGCCUGGUCGUGAAGCAUGUGCAGAACGUCUUUGAUACUGGUGUAACGCAUACAAGGCAUACGCAACGCCUUACACCUGUAUCGGGUACGUGUGUCGCAAAUAUUUCUGAGGUCGUAUCCCUGUGCGGCCGCGUGGUCAAGCCGUUCUUCGAAGCCGACUCUGACAAUUCGUAUCGCUACAAAAUUGAGCUGAGGAUGCGCAACCAUAACACCAUGUCGCGUAACAACCUCAUUCAGGAGAUCGCGAAAUCCGUUCACGAAAGGCACAAGGUUGACCUCGAGAAUCCUGAGGUGUUCAUCCUGGUCGAGGUUUUCAAGAGUAUCUGUGGGGUCAGUGUUGUGACAGACUACUACAAACUGCACAAGUUUAACGUCAUGGAGAUCGCAAACGCAAAGAACGCGGGUGACGAGAUAGAAGGGCGUGUGGCAGAAAAGGUGGACCAGGCUCAGGGCGAAUCAAAGUAG